CCGCAGCCUCCAGGGGCAGGACAGCUCUCCCCAGGCUGCUCCCUGGCAGUCUGCAUCCUCCGCUGCGUUCGUCCCCUGGCACGUGUAGGUGGAACACAACCUUUAGACAGCUUUGCAUAUGCACUGUCCAGGAAAAAGUGCUGGGAUGUGUGGAUCGUGCAUUUGCUCAUUCAAGUUGUACUCUUUAUAAGGCACAGACAGAAGUCAGAGCUGGGAUGGAAGAGCCUGCACCCGUGGAAGGCCGGGCCCAGCUCCCAAGCCCCCACCAGGGCUCUCUGAGGAAGGCUGUGGCUGCUGCCCUGGCCCUGGAUGGGGAAUCCACAAUGGGUCGCAGGAAAAAGAAGAGGAAAGAGUCCCGUCCAGAAUCCAUCAUCAUCUACCGCUCGGAGAAUGAGAAAAUGGAUGAGGAACCUGGGGAACUGGAAGGUGGAGAUCGGCCUAAAGAGGAGGAGGGGGACGAUUUCCUAGACUAUCCUGUAGAUGAUGGUGUGUGGAACAUGCCUUUGGACAGCCGCUAUGUGACAUUAACUGGGACCAUCACACGUGGGAAGAAAAAGGGUCAGAUGGUGGAUAUCCACGUCACAUUGACAGAGAAGGAGCUGCAAGAAUUGACCAAGCCUAAAGAGUCGUCAAGGGAAGCAAUGCCAGAGGGAAGAGAGGCCUGCCAGGUGGGAGCCGACCGCGGGCCCCACGUGGUCCUCUGGACGCUGGUCUGCCUGCCUGUGGUUUUCAUCCUCUCUUUCAUUGUCUCUUUCUACUAUGGCACUAUUACUUGGUACAACAUCUUCCUCGUGUACAAUGAGGAGAGGACCUUCUGGCACAAGGUCUCAUACUGCCCCUGCCUCGUUCUCUUCUAUCCAGUGCUCAUCGUGGCCAUGGCCUCUGCCCUGGGUCUCUACGCGGCUGUGGUCCAGCUCUCCUGGUCCUGGGGAGCAUGGUGGCAAGCUGCCCGGGACAUGGAGAAGGGCUUCUGUGGCUGGCUUUGCAGCAAGCUGGGUCUGGAGGACUGUUCUCCCUACAGCAUCGUGGAGUUGCUUGAAUCUGACAAUAUCUCGGCCACUCUCUCCAACAAGGACCCCAUCCAGGAAGUAGAAACCUCCACUGUCUAAACUUCCGACAACUUACUUCCUUCUCUGGCCCCAGUAGCCUAUAUAUCAUCUUAUAAUUCCAGCAGAUCCUUUCCUUAAAUUAUUUCCUAUCCACCACAGUUCUUCUGGAAAAUCCCAGCCCAUACUGAUCUGUUCUGCCAUCUGGAGGUUCCAGGAGGGCAGGGGACAGAAUAGCGAUUUAUGCUGAAAUAGUUCAUCCAAUGGACAAACUCUUCUUAGUUCUCUGCCCUAAAAUGACCAUUUAUCAGGCACAACGCUCUGCAUUGUGUAUCAAUUUGGAAGCCUGAAGAUGUUACUGGUGCCUGGACCCCAAGGGAGUGUGUGACUUAAGAAAGGGAGGAUAAGAGGCUCAGGAGUGACCAAGUCCACCAAGAGAAUAGAUAGGGAUGGAGUGAAACAUUGAGGAAGCAUUUCUGCCUCACUGUAGCAGAAAGUAAAGAUUGGAGUUAAGUUUAGUUGCAUAUCAUUGGACCUCUAAAAUGUCAGUGGUUUAAACAAGAUACAAGUGUAUUUCCUUCUUGUAUAGAGAUCUAGAGGCAGACCAUCCUGGGACCCUGUGAAGUCAUUCAGGCCUUUGGCUUCUUCCAUUCCUCUACUAGGUGACCCUCAUUGCCUUUAGCCUCAGUCCUAGUGCUGACUACAUCCCCAGCCAUUAUACACCCAUAUUUCUGUCAAAACAGAGGAAGGAACAGAGAAGAGCACAAACUGCUAAUUUAAGGAGUCUACUCAGAAGUCCUACUUAAUCCUUUGUAUAAGUCAUAGAUCAGGCAUCAGUCACAGUCACAUGACCUCAUGAACAAAAGAAGCUAGGAAACAGUUGUUUGGCUGGGCAACUAUCUUCUCAGCUAAACAUUGGGGUUAUGCCAACUGGAGAGAAAGGGGAAGAAUGGCUAUCAUGGCAGGCAAGUAAGAAUCUCUGCCUUGCAAUAAUUACUUAAAUACAUUCAGAAUUCCAGACUGCCAAUAUAGUUUCAUUUAUUUAUUUAUUCACUUGUUUAUUUAGGCCUGAAUUUUCACAGAAGAUUUAUAUUUAGAUACUAGUAUAUAUACUAAGUAUAUGACAUACAUAGGUAUUAGCACCUGGCAUACUUUGGAAUUAAACUUCUGUAAUAUCAUGUGGUUCUAGAUUUUUUUUUUUUUAGAAGGAAGUAGUAGACAGGAAAGAACAAGUAGAUAAUAGUAGCAUAACUCCUUUUCCUGGUGGUGGACAUGGGACGGGGGGAGGGGGAGGUGAUAUUCAAUCUAAGCUAUAGAUUAAAGUCUGUGUCUCAGAAAGAAGUCUACAUCCAAAUGUUCUUCCGACAGGGAUCAGAAAAGAAAACAGACUGAGUCUUCUGUUGUUUUGCAAAAUCUCACUCAGAGCUGUACUCACUCAGACAUUUCUAGACUUUAACAAACAUGGUCUUCCUGGCCACUAGGAGGUGUAAACCGGAUUCAUCCAGAUUAAUAGAUUCUGAUUUAAAAAAAAAAAAAAAUCACUUCUAACAAUGUCCUUCCAAUUUUAAAAUAUUGAAUCCCAAGAGGUCGGCAGAUAUUGAAGACUAUCUGGUGCUUUUUUUCUUGUUCAUGUCUCAGAAAGAAGCUGUUAAAAGAAUUGCUAUGAACCAAACCAGAGGGGCUGGCCAUGCAACCCGCCAGCAAGCUGGUGACAUGUAUGGUGCUGAACUCUCCAUUCAGAAGAACUUCUGUUUAGAAAAAAACAAAAACAAAAAACUAUCAUUAGUUUGCCAAGAAAAAAAUAUAUACUCAGCAUUUUUAAAGAUAACCUUGGUGCUCUUUGGUGCAUUUGCAGUGAUA